AUGACAUCUGCGACCACUCAGCAGAAUAAGACCAGCGCGCAUGGUAUUGGGUUCGGUGCUACACAACCAUCGAGUCAAAUUUCAACGUCUAAUGUAUUAGUAAUUUCUUCAGAUAUUGACAAAGAAAGAGAAUCCGUACCCUCAGUACAACCAUCGGUUUCUACCAAAGGAAAGGGAAUUUUCUACGUUGCGACUUUCCAGGGAGAACUUCAUAACCUUUCCCAAACUCUCACACCUGAUUUCUCAUUCGAUCAAUCGCUUCGUAAAAAAUUUCUUGACCCUGCAAUUAAUUUAUUAUUCCGUGCCAUGAAGAAGGAAUUGGAGGAAAAGGAAAAAACGAUAGAAGACUUGCAGCGAGAAUUGGCUGGCGUAGGAUUUACUCCAAACAGUAUUACUGGUAAGAAUCUUGUCACAAAAUUAAAGGACCUACAAGAUGAGAAUGAAGAAUUGGGACGACAGCUUCGUCAGGGUCGCGUGGAACAGUAUGAAGUAGAGAUUGCUUUGCAGAGAAAAUUAAUUAAUGAAUUGAGACACGGACUUGAAGCAGAUUAUGAAAACCAGUUUAUUGCUUUUGACAGUGAAAUUGAACGCCUUCAGGAUUUGAUAUUCCAACUACAGUCAAGGCUGAAACACUAUGAGAAUAAAUUUGGGCCUUUGUUAUCUUCCAACAAAGAUAAUACUGCUUUAGACAAAUCAAAAUCGUCUGUCGCUGAUGGAGAGGAAAUCAAGCCCAUAGAUGUAAGCUCAAAAAGAGACUUAAUAUCCCAGGGCGGGGACAAGGGUUGA